CUCAAGUAGCUAGCUCCGCCGUUGGCUACAAGUGCUGCCACCUCUAGCAGCUAGCAUAGAUUAAGUCAACGCCUUUUGAAGUUGCUCAGCUAAUAGCGUUCAGGACUGUGAGCAUAUCUCCACGGUGUGCUCACUCACUCUGUUUGGAGAAACAACCGGACAGAAGCAUAAUGGCUUUUCCUGUUUAAUUAGCCAUUCAAGCUAGCAAUGCGUACUACAUUAUUUCAGGAUAACGGUAGUUCGCCGGCGUUCGGUUAUUGCACUCUCCGGUACAGCUGUACCCUGCCAAGCAGCGUCACUGAUAGCAUUUCGCAUUAUGAGUGAUCAUUAUGUAAAAGUUAAGGUUCAACUCGAGCAAAUGAAAUCAUUUGGUGAGGAUGCAGAGAAGGAGCGUGUGGACACUGAGGAGCAGGUCCCAGUGUCCUCCCCCCGUGCAGCCGUCUCACCAGACCCCUCCAGCAUCAACACAGCUGGCAGAGAUGCAUCCAGACAUAGGGGUAAAAGUCGUAGUAAGUUGCGAAAAGAUGACAACAGCUCUUGUGUCAAACACAUCUCAGAAAUGUCAUUGCGUGGCUCUGUGGUGCCUGCUCAUGUUGGAAAAAACUUGAAGAGAUUAGGGCAUGAUAGGACACUUCACAUCAAAGGAACCGGGGAGGUCCUGCAGAGCAAGUCGGAGACUAACGGCAACUAUGCAACCAUCCAUCCAUCCAAAAGCAUCCAAGAAGCACGCCAUGAGGACGGAUUUAAACUUGGAAAGAAGAGGCGUCCAGUGACGGUGGAUACUGCAAAAGCCAAAACCUCGUUGGAGGCACUGAAGUUAAGCAUCAAGCAGCUGAAUUGGAAAGAGUUUCCUCUGGGAAGACGAGCAGCAUGUGAUAUCUACUGGCAUGGCGUCUCCUUCCAUGACAAUGAAAAUAUCGUCUCAGGGCAGGUGAACAAAUUCCCAGGGAUGAUUGAAAUGCUGAGGAAGAUUAACAUGAGCCGGGCAGUGCGGACUAUGCAGGAGUUGUUCCCUGAAGAGUACGACUUCUAUCCCCGUUCCUGGAUCCUGCCUGAAGAGUACCAGCAGUUUUCCACACAGAUUCGCAUGGUGAAGGAGAACGACGCCACGGUGAAUCCCACCUUCAUUGUCAAGCCAGAUGGGGGCUCUCAGGGGGACGGCAUCUACCUCAUCCGUAACCCCAGCGACCUAAAGCUCAUGGCGGGUUCACAGGCCAAACAGGCUGUAGUCCAGGAGUACAUCAAUAAGCCGUUACUCAUUGACAAGCUCAAGUUUGACAUCCGCCUCUACGUGCUGAUAAAGUCCAUGGAGCCGUUGGAGAUUUACAUUGCCAAGGAAGGCCUGACACGUUUUUGCACCGAGCCCUACCAGGAACCAAGCCAGAAGAAUCUGAGCCAUGUCUUCAUGCAUCUUACAAACUACUCCCUCAACGUCCACAGCGGCAACUUUGUCCACUCAGACAGCCAUAGCACAGGCAGCAAGCGCACGCUCUCCAGCGUGUUGUACAGGCUGGCGGCUAAAGGCGUAGACAUCAAGAAGGUCUGGUCAGACAUCAUCGCUCUUGUCAUCAAGACUGUCAUCGCCGUGGUGCCUGAACUUAAAGUGUACUAUCAGGCUGACAUACCGCCUGGCAAACCAGGACCCACUUGCUUCCAGAUAUUAGGUUUUGACAUCCUGCUGAUGAAGAACCUGAAGCCAGUAUUACUCGAGGUCAACUCCAACCCCAGUAUGAGAAUAGAGCAUGAACAGGAGGUGGCACCAGGAGUUUUUGAAUAUGUUCCUAGUCCAGUUGACAAAGAGGUCAAAGUGGGUGUGAUCAGGGACACUCUGCGCCUUAUGGACCCUGGCCACAAGAAACCUUCAACUUCCCAACCUAGACCUGAACACGGCGAGGAGAUUCCCAUGGAGGCAGAAACACAAGAGAGGAGCCCCGAUGAAGGAGCGCUGCCUUCGCUGUGUCUGAAGCAGGUUUACCCCAAGUACACCAAACAGUUCAGCCACCUGCGGCUGGUGGAGCGGAUCGCAACCCUGUUCAUACGCUUCCUCGGGGUCAAGGGCAACAUGCGUCUGGGCCCCACCGCCUUCCGGACCUUCAUCAGGAGCUGUAAGCUGAGCAACAGUACUUUCACCAUGGCCUCAGUGGACAUCCUCUACAUAGACAUCACACGUCGUUGGUCGGGAGCGGCGCCCGACUCUAGAGAAGCAGGUAUGGGCCUACAAGCAUUUGUGGAGGCCUUUUUCUACCUGGCAGGUCGCAGGUUCAAAUCCCUGGCGAUGAGGGAGCAGGUCGCGACGCUGCUGGAGCUGUGCGAGGCUCAGCUGGACUCUCAGUCCGGCACCGAAGACAGACGCUCUGUGAGCUGCAGCCGGGCGCUGCCGCGGGCCAACAGGACCCAGACGCUGGGCCUCGCCAACCCUCAGCUCCAGUCCCCGGCUCCCCUGCGAAGGGCCGCCAGCCAGGACUACCGGCUGCAUCAAAGACUCAAGCCUCGCACACUCAGGGCCAACGUGGAGAACUGACGAGAGCGUUUCAGCUAGUCCUCCGAACGCUGCCGUUAGCCUUCUCCACGGGAGCAGCAAAAUUAGGUAUCCAUCUUGCCUCUGCAGCUCCCACAAGGGGGGGUAUGAUGGGAGUCUAGAGAAGGACUAGCUGGACCCCUGCUGGCUGACUCGCAGGAGGACUG